GGGAAAAGGAGCGCCUCUGAGCAGCGGGUCCGGACCGCAGAGCGCGAGACGGUUCAGUCCGGAGCGGCGCGAGCGAAACCAGCAACUUCCCCCCAGUUGUUUCCUAAAGGAGUCAUGGCAGCGGGAAGAGUCAGGUCCACGCGCAAACUGCGCUCAUGGAUUGUUGAACAGGUGAGCAGUGGGCGGUACCCGGGCGUCGUCUGGGACGACGAGUCCCGAACGACGUUCCGUAUCCCGUGGAAACACGCUGGGAAGCAGGACUUCAGGAAGGACGAGGACGCCGCCAUCUUCAAGGCGUGGGCCGAGUUCAAGGGCAAGCCGACCGGCGGCGGCCGGGGCAGCCCGGCGGCGUGGAAGACCCGCCUGCGCUGCGCGCUCAACAAGAGCCCCGAGUUCCGGGAGGAGGCGGCGCGCGCGCAGCCCGACCUCUCGGAGCCCUACAAGGUCUACCGGCUGGUGCCGGCCGGCGAGCAGGGCGCGGUGGUUCCUGAGAAGAAGCCCAGAGUGAAGGCCGCCAAUAGGAGGAAGACGAGGAAGAGGAGGAGGAGGAGCAGCAGCAGCCAAUCAGAGAGCAGCGAGGUGGACACGCCCAAGCAGAUCAAGAUGGAGGAGGUCGUCUCCCAGUCGGGUUCUGCAGAGGUUCUGCGGUGGAGCGGCGUGCAGACGGAGGAACCCGCCCCCCCCCUCCCCCUCCCCCCCCUCCUCGCCAUGCACAGAGACGGGCUCGAUGAGUUCCGGCUGGACGUUCGCAUCGAGGAGAUCUUCGAGGCUCCGGCUGAAGUCCAGGACUCCUUCGACGUGGCGGUCUAUUAUUUAGGCCGCGAGGUUCUCCGGCGUCAGAUCCAGAGCCACGACGUCCGGAUCGCGUUCCCGCCGCCCUCCCCGGCUCCGCCCACGCCGGCCGUCCUCAAGGGGCGGUUCCCUCGCGUGGCGCUGCCGGAGCCGCCGCCCUCGCUGCCGGCCGGCCCGGAGAGCCAGGCGCUGCUCACGCUGCUGCCCUUCAUGGAGAAAGGCGUGGUGCUGACCGCCAUGCGGCACGGCGUGUACGGCAAGCGCUUCUGCCAGGGCCGGGUCUUCUGGACCGGGCCGCACGGCGCCGCGGGCGGCGGGCCGCACAAGAUGGAGCGCAACAAGGAGCCGGAGAUGCUCUUCAGCAAAGACGCCUUCAGGCAGCAGCUGGACCUGUACCGUCUCCAUGGCGGCGAGCCUCCGGCGUGCAGCAUCACGUUGUGUUUUGGAGAAGAACUCAACGCGGCCGACGACCCGACCAACAAACUGAUCAUAGUUCAGGUAAAUAUCGUGUUCCCGUGGGCGGAGCAACAGCUGCUCGGCGUCCAAUCGCUGCUCGACUCCUUCAACGUCCUCCAAUCGCUGGCCAGCGAGUCGCCGCUGCGGGAAAUCACCCUGAACCUGGUCGCCGUGCCGAUGGACUCGGAGACCGCCUCCUGAGGGCCUUUCAAAAUAAGAGACAACCCGUUCUUUCAAAGUAAGAGCAUACGGGGCCGAGCCAUACGUCGACAUAUCUAUCCCCUUAAAGGCAUCAUCAUCAUCUCUUAUUUUGUUAUAAGAUUUCAAAAUAAGAGCUUUUGGUAAUGUUCUCCUUGUUAUCGCCGGCCCCGACAGCUCCACAGAACUUUUGCACUUAUGAAAAACAUUUUGUGUGAAGCCGGAGCCUGACGAGUCGACACUGAGGAGCGCCCGCCGCUCUGAUCAGGCAUCCAUCUUUAUGUCACAUUUUAGAUCUUAAAAGGGUUUUUUGGAAGUGAAAAAACGUAGAAAUUGAAGAACUUUUUUUAAACGUACAUUUCACAGACCGACGAUCCUCCGGUCGUCGUCUCGUGGACUUUUCGUUCUUUUCCCAGAAAUGUUCAUGUGAACUCGGCCCUGGUUCCCAACAUGUGGGUGGAGACCCUCAAAGGGCCGCGGGGGUCAAGAAGAAGAGACGCUCAACAUGGAGCUUUUAUUCUUGUGAAGUACUGGAUAGUUUUAGGAUUCGUGUAUUCAGGUUAAGAAGGUCAGAAACCAUGAGCAGGACAUCGUUUAUACGACUGCACAUUCUAUAAAUAUCAACCUCGCCCUUUGGCUUUAACGCUUUAACUCGUUAAUUCAUGUUACAUGAACUAAACUCGGCUCAGUAGAACUUAACGUCACGUUUCUUUGACUCCUCGUUCGUUCUUCACGUGACGAACAUUUUAAAGAAUCUAACCUUCACUCUGCAUUUUAUUAAGCAAGAGGAUUUUGGAGUUUAGUGUUUACAGUUUACCAAAUUCUGACUUUAAAAAACAUGCAUUUGCUGUUGUUACGGAAGAGUAAACAAACAAUGAGUCAACAACAACAGUCCAGUGCUGAAGUCCUGCAGUAACGGCCCGCUGGUCUUCAGGGUGUAGAACACAUAUUCUAUAGGAUGAUGUUAUAGCAGCAGACGGCCACCGGGGGCGCUACAGUUCACAAACACCAUGUCCUUCAUGUUAUUAACCAUUUAUUAAUCAUUCACUAUUUACAGAUCCUAUAACGCUAAACGGAGGCGUCAGUAAACACUUCAUUAAUAACUUCCCCCCGAGACGCAGCAGGAACAGGAAACAUUUGGGGCUUCAACUAAUUACGUUUUUACUUUCUCGUAUUGUGCGGUGUUUCUGUUAUGUUGUCCACCUGCAGCGUGAGACGUCGGGUUAAUAAGAUAUAACAAAGACUAAAGGGAUCAAAGCAUUCAAAUAAGUAUCACCGUGUUUUAAGGUCACGUUUCCUUUAAAUCAGGGGGGGGGGGGCUGAGGGGGGCGGGGCUACAUGCUGUAAAUAUGUUAUUUAUACUCUGUUAUUAAAAAUAAGAAAUAAAAAGGUGUGUGUUGUGUAAAGCG